AUGAGCCUGACUAUAAAGAGGAAUAACUCAGUCGAAAAUGAGGAGAAUUCGAAGCGGUUAAAAGAUGCCACUGGAGAAAGGGUGUAUGAUGUAGUUGCCACCAUGGUCAGUCUGAUCCCUGGAAAGGAACAAAGCUAUGAAAUUAAAGAUAAGUCAGUUACUUCUGUUGGUAGGAGUCGAUCCUGUGACAUAGUUCUACAGGAGCCUGAUAUCUCGACAGUUCAUUGUGAAAUGUAUAUUGUUAGCAUGAAGCUAGAUAACUCUGAGAGGAAACUGAUAAAUAUAGUGGACAAGAGCAGAAACGGAACGUAUAUCAACGGCAAUAAACUUAUCAAAAGAGACUAUGUUUUGAAGAACGGUGAUAGAGUUGUGUUUGGCAAAAGAUGUUCCUUUUUGUUCAAAUAUGCAUCAACCACAUUCGAAGACUUAAAUGAGGAAGACAAGGCUUCUGAUAUAAGUGAUGAAAAUAGGAAAGAUGAGAGUUCAAUAUUUAAGAAACCGCAAUUUAGUUUUACUAGUAGUCAAUCUCAGGUGCGAAAAUUCGCAAAGUUAAAACCCCUGUCAUUUUUUGAUAAAUACUUGCUAGGCAAGGAUUUAGGCUCAGGGCAUUAUGCAAUUGUAAAAGAAGCCAAAAACAAAACUACAGGGGAAACAGUGGCGGUAAAGAUAUUUCACCCUCAGCAGAAUGAUGAUCAAAAGAAAAAUAAACAGUUUAGAGAGGAAACUACUAUACUAAUGAAAAUCCAUCACCCCAAUAUAGUCAAUCUAUUAGACAGUUUCGUAGAGCCCAUUAGCAAAACUCAGAUUCAAAAAUAUUUGGUCUUGGAAAAGAUCGAUGAUGGUGAACUAUUUGAUAGAAUAGUCAAGAAAACCAGCCUACCACAGGAAGAAUCGAAAGCUAUAUUCAAACAGAUUUUAACAGGUCUAAAAUACCUACACAGUCAAAAUAUCAUUCACAGAGAUAUAAAACCAGAGAAUAUUCUUUUGAACAUAAGAAGACGCCAAUCUCCAGAUGAAAGACAAUUAGGACCAUGGGAUGAGGACGAAAUUGACAUUCAGGUUAAGAUAGCUGAUUUUGGUUUAGCCAAAUUUACUGGUGAAAUGCAAUUCACCAAUACUUUAUGUGGUACACCAUCAUAUGUUGCUCCAGAAGUCCUAGUAAAAAAAGGUUACACUUCUAAGGUUGAUUUAUGGAGUGCCGGGGUAAUCCUGUAUGUUUGCUUAUGCGGCUUCCCACCAUUUAGUGAUCAAUUAGGCCCCCCUUCACUAAAAGAACAAAUUAUGAGCGCGAAAUAUGCUUUUUACUCCCCUUACUGGGAUGAAAUUGAUGAUGCAGCCCUUCAUUUGAUUUCAAACUUACUUGUUCUGGACCCAGAAAAUAGGUACGACGUCGAUGCCGCAGCUGCACAUCCUUGGUUAGAUUCAGUAUCUCAUCUGGAUGUCUCACACAAUCUGAAGAGAUUACAAAUUGAUGAGAAUCGAAUGCCGAAAACAUACUCAGAACUCUCUUCACUUCACUAG